AUGUCUUCAAGCCCCAAGGAAUCGUUUACCUCGGGCACAGACUACCAUGAUUUAGGCACGCUAAGGCACCGGAACCAAGUCGCCAAUUCUAGCACUAUAGCGAGUAGUGAGGAUCUCGAUAGUAUUAUCAAACAGACCUCGUCGCUCUCCAUCGAUGAAUCCCGAGGCAAAAACUGGUGGACCGUGCUGAACAUUUUCGUCUACGUUCUUAAUCCAUUGCUACUCACUGCUUUGUCGGCUUACGUGAGGCUCUAUGGAAUUGGUGACGUGCCCAAGGUUAUUUGGGAUGAAGCUCAUUUUGGAAAAUUCGGAUCCCACUACUUGAAACACGAGUUCUACUUCGAUGUCCAUCCACCUCUUGGGAAGUUACUCGUUGGUCUCUCUGGCUGGCUAGCGGGCUACGAUGGAUCGUUCGAGUUCAAGAGUGGUAAAGAGUUCCCUAGCGAGUUCAAUAUUAUCGCCAUGAGAUACUUCAACUGCGUGUUUGGAAUUCUUUGCACCCCUUUUGCUUACUUCACGGCAUUGAGUUUGGGCUUUUCCUUAUAUACCGUGUGGUAUAUUUCAUUGCUGGUUGUGUUCGAGAUGUUGUCCCUCACGUUGUCCAAGUUCAUCCUCUUGGACUCCAUGCUUCUCUUUUUCACGGUGACCACAUUUUUCGGCCUUAGUAAAAUCCAUGAGCUCAAUCAAAGAAACAAGCUUCUUAGCCUCCCCGGUGGUCUCUGGUUGGCCUUCACAGGUGUGUCGAUUGGCUGUGUUUGCUCUGUGAAAUGGGUGGGUCUCUUCGUCACUGCUCUAGUGGGCCUUUACACGAUAUAUGACUUGCUCAUUCGGUUCUACGAAGUUUUGGAGCGGCAAUUCAGAGCGCAAAAAGUCACUUCCUGGACAAUUUACCUCAGACAUUGGUUCGUCAGGAUCGUGACAUUGAUUGCGAUUCCAUUUGUCAUAUACGUCAUGGCUUUCAAGGUUCAUUUCCAAGUCUUAAACCGGUCUGGACCAGGUGAUGGCUCUAUCUCGACAUUGCUACAGGCCCAAUUGGAGGGCAACACCUUGAAAAACGGACCUCGUUCAGUGGCAUAUGGCUCCUUGGUUACCCUUCGUUCACAAGGCCUUCUGCCCAACCUUUUGCAUUCUCACCCUCACUUAUAUCCAGAGGGGUCUCGUCAACAGCAAAUAACGACGUAUGGCUACAAAGACAACAAUAAUGAGUUUCUCAUCGAGUUUGAUUUGGAGAACGCUAUGAAGGGACGAUUCGCAACGAUUGAUUUCGAUGAAGAUAAUCCAAAUGUUAUUCUCGACUACAAGACAUUAGUCAAGGAUGGUGACACUAUCAGGUUGAUGCAUAAGGAUCGUGGCUGCUUUUUGCAUUCUCACUCCAUCGCAGCACCAGUGCUGAAGGGCCAUUAUGAGACUUCUUGCUACGGCAACAUCGAUGUGAAUGACUCAAAAGAUGAUUGGGUGAUCGAAGUUCAAUCUCAGGAAGAAUCUCCAUCCCCCGAGUUUCAAAAUGAAAGUGUUUCUGAGAUUCACCCUAUCUCGACUAGUUUCCGGUUGCGUCACAAGGUACUUGGUUGUUACUUGGCUACAACAGGCUAUUCCUAUCCAUCUUGGGGCUUCCAACAAGGCGAGGUCACCUGUAAGAAUGUGUUGUUAAAGAAUGAUAAAAGUGCAUGGUGGAACAUCGAAGACCAUGUCAAUAAUGAUUUCGAAUCGCCCAAAACCAAAUAUGUUGCUCCAAAGCCAAAAUUCUGGAAGGAAUUCAUCUUGUUGAAUUAUGGAAUGAUGGCCUCGAAUAACGCCUUGAUUCCUGAUCCAGACCAUUACGACCACUUGGCGUCAAGAUGGUGGGAAUGGCCGAUCUUGCGAACUGGCUUGAGAAUGAGCGGCUGGUGGUCAGACAGUUCCAAGUAUUUCCUCAUGGGCAACCCAUUCGUUACCUGGUUCAGUACGCUCUCGAUUGUGGUGAGCAUCAUCUUUGCGACAGGAACGCUAUACAUGUGGCAAAGACAAUCUGUUGAAUUGAAUGUUAGAAGCACUGAAUGGAACAGAUUUAUCGCUCAGUUUGUCUUCCCAAUAGCUGGGUAUGUGUUACACUACCUACCGUUCAUCCUUAUGGGAAGAGUGACUUAUUUGCAUCAUUACGUGCCAGCAUUGUACUUUGCAAUUUUUGUAUCUGGUUACGUCCUUGAGACCGCUGUUGCCCGGAAGGCACCAAAGAUUGUGAAGCUCAUUAUUUACGCACUCUUCUACUUUGGCGUUGUUGGUACCUUUUGGAGAUUUCGCUUCUUUUCGUUAGGAAUGAAAGGCGCCAGCGCUCUAUAUCUCCAUCUCAAGCUUCUCAACUCCUGGCGGGUGUGA